CUGACUAAGAUAUAUCUUAGUCCGUGGAACUACUAUGAACUCAUAUAAUAUAUUAUGAUCGCAAAAUAUUCUAAAACAAUAGUACUGAAGUACUGUAUUCAGUGUUCCUCAUAUACAAUAUUAUCACAAUAAUAUUAUACUGUAUACUGUGGAGCACGAAUUAAGGUUAAUUCGAAUAAUUCGUGUAGUGGAGAUAAAAAAAAAAAUUGUAUUAAAAACAAUAAGCUGUUUAGAUGAUGAUAAUAAUAUAAAAACCCAAAGUAUUAUACUUUGAUAUUAGAUAGGUAUGUUUAUAGCACGGGUUAAGAUCUUACAUCAAUGUUCAUAGUCUAAAAAGUACAUUGUUCCAUUUGUACCAUGGCUGUUGAUAGUGGUGCAAACUAGUGGUACUAUCAUUAAUUAUCACUUUGGUUAUGUGUGUUUUUGGAAGGUACAAGGAAAAAAAUCCUAAUUCCAAUUAGAACAAAAAUUAUUCUCUUUCGAGGGUUUUAAUUGCUUCAUCUUUUUAGUGGAUUGUUAAACCAUAUACAUAAUAAUUACCAAUCUCGGAUAGAAAUGGCGAGUAAGUAUCAAAAUAAUUAAAAACUUAUAUUUUUUUUACUAUUAUUAUUAUUAUUGGUAAUCUAUAUUUUAAAUACCUCUGUGUUUACAAUUAUUUUUCAAUGUUUUCAUUAAUUUGUUUAGGAGGUAAUGCUAGGGAUCUUGCACGUGAAAAAAACCAAAAGAAACAACAAGAGCAGGCCAAACGAAAAGGAAUUGCUGACAAAGGUUCUAAUCAAGGAUUGACAUUGGAACAAAGGAAACAGAGGUGAAUAUCAAAUAAUUAUUUUACUUGUAUCAGUAAUAAUAAUAUGUAUUUUUUAAAUUUAAUUUGAAGUAGUUAUGUCAAUUAUAUUCUGAUAAUUAGGCAUUAUUACUUAAAAUAGUACAAUGACUUAAAUAGGUACUGUUUAGCCUUUCUAACUAAAUAUUUAAUCAAUUAUUAGUUUUCUGUGAAUAUAAUUAUUUGAAAAUAUGACUUAAAGAAUUAAGAUAAGAUAAGAUAUUUUAUGUGAAAUGAACUUAAAGUGUUCUCCAAAAUCCCGAGGGUUUUAAUUGUUCGUUUUCCACCUGUUCUGACCUAUGUGCAAAUUUAAGAUAGUUUUACGUAGGUGUCAAAUGUCAAAAAAAAUUUCAAAUUGUGAAUUUUGAAAUUCAGUCUACUUGACAAAUUCUAACUACUCAAUCGUUUUAAUUUGAUCUUGAUUUCAUUUGUCCAGGUACUAUAUUAUGGUGUCAUAUAAUUCUAUGUUAAACAUAAACUCAAGGGGCUUUAAAGGCUAUUCUUUGAAAUUUAUUCUGUAUUGUAUGUAGUUUUUAAAAUUUUUGUUUAGGAUGGACACUUGUCCAUACUGGAAAUGGGUACGUUAGUAGUGGUUUUAUGGUUGAGGUAAAGCAUUUUCUUUUUUCGUACAUAUAGGCGUUAAUUAUUAAUAUGUAUUUUCAUCAAGUAAGACUGUAGUAUAUUUGAAUGACUGAUUCUCCAUUGUUCUAGAUUAUCGAUAGGGUAUGCAAUUUUUAAUUAUGUAUUUUAUACAUUAAAUAUAUUGUUGUUUUUAACUUAUGUGUAAGUUAAAUCUAUUAGAUGAAAUUUUAGUUAUUUUAAAUGUCCAAUUAAUGGAAAAAAUGUGCAAUAUAUACUUUAUAUCAAGAUGAUUUAGAAAAAUAUUUUUCUCAAUUUCUAAUCUUCAUAUAAUUAAUGUUGUAUUGAUAAAACUUUUAAACUAAAUAUUUGUUUCAUAUUAUUAUUUUUUAAUACUUUUAUAAGAAGUGUUUAUUUUUUGAACCUUAUAACUUUUGUAAGGUUGCAUGUUUUAUGAUAUCCUGUAUUUAAAAAGUAAUUAAUAAAACAUUAAUUUUUUCAUUAUUAUUAUUUUUUAUAAUUGGAUAAUUAAAUUUUACUUAUAUUAUUGUAUAAUUAUUCUAAAUAUCUAUCUUUCUUUAUAUUUUAUUUGUUUAUCGUUUUAUAUAAGUAAUAGUCUAAUAAUUUUAUUUUCAGAGAUGCAGACAGAAUGAGAGAAAAACAACAAAAAAAGCAAGAAGAUAAAUAAAACAUUUCAUGAAUUUGUAUAUGCAAUACUUCAUUAAAGUACAUUACGUUAUAUGUUAAGCUCAAAAAUAACUUAAAUUUUGUAUUCUAAAAUUUAAUGACCUAAAAUGCUUUUAGUAUUAAUUCUCUCUCAUUAGUCCCAUUUAUAAUAUUUAAAUUAUGUACAUCAAAUCACCAAUUUUAACUUCUAUCUGUUUUUAUGAUAAUAUAAUGAUGAGUAUUAAAUUAUACAUCUAUAUGUAAUCUAACCUAUUACCUAUAGGAUAAUAUAGACAUUUUUACUAUUUAUUACUGUUGACAUGAAAUAAACCUUAGAUCUUGACAUUUUAUUUGUGUUCUAUUUUUAACAAUUAAAUAACUAUA